CAAGGUUGUCAUAAAAAAAAAGGGGGAAAAACAAGAAACCAAAAGCAAUACAUUCUUGUUUAUCACUGGUUUUAACCAUGAUUUCCCUGGCAGAUGUUUAUCAUGUUAUAGCAGCCACGGUGCCUUUAUACUUUGCCAUGAUUUUAGCCUACGUAUCGGUGAAAUGGUGGAAGCUGUUCACACCGGAACAAUGCGCAGGCAUCAACAAGUUCGUGGCUAAAUUCUCAAUCCCACUCUUGUCUUUCCAAGUCAUCUCCGAAAACAACCCUUACAAGAUGAACCUCAAACUCAUACUUGCCGAUUUCUUGCAAAAACUAUUGGCUUUCCUUGUCUUGUUUGCCCUCACUAAGCUCAGUUCCCGGGGUGGUUUAUCGUCCAUCAUAACCGGUCUCUCUUUAUCCACCAUGCCUAACACUUUAAUCCUCGGAAUCCCACUGUUGAGGGCUAUGUAUGGAGAUAAAUCAGCCACUCUUUUGGCUCAGAUUGUCGUUCUACAAAGCUUAAUUUGGUAUAAUUUACUCUUGUUUUUGUUUGAGCUAAACGCUACCAAAGCUGCCUCUGAGACCACUGUUGCAGUUUCACAAGCCUCAGGGGGCGAAGAGGCCCCCGAAGAAGCACAAGGGAAAGAGGGAGGAGAAGAGACACAAACGAGAGCAAGGAAAUCCAAGACAAUGCUGAUUUUCUUGACAGUGGGGAAGAAGCUAAUGGCGAAUCCCAAUACCCAUGCUACCUUACUUGGUCUUAUUUGGGCAAGCAUUCAAUUCAGGUGGAACAUUAAAUUCCCCGCCAUUGUUGAAAAAUCAAUAGCAAUAUUAUCCAGUGGAGGACUUGGUAUGGCAAUGUUCAGCUUAGGUCUAUUCAUGGCAUCACGGCCAAGCAUAAUAGCUUGUGGUAUACGAAUGGCGACAGUAGCCAUGAUCAUGAAAUUCAUUGCUGGUCCAGCUCUAAUGGCGGCCGCCUCCACCACUCUCGGACUUAAAGGCAAAUUAUUGAGAGUAGCAAUUGUACAGGCUGCUCUCCCUCAAGGAAUCGUUCCAUUUGUUUUCGCCAAAGAGUACAAUGUUCAUCCUGAUAUAUUAAGCACAGGGGUAAUCUUUGGUAUGCUUAUUGCCUUACCUGUAGCAUUGGUCUACUAUCUUCUUUUAGCAUUGUGAAAAUGUUUUCCUGGAAAAUACUGCAAAUUUUCUUUCCAGAAGCAGUAACCUGACAUCAAUUUCUGGAAACUUCAUAGAUGGACAUCAUAUAUUUAUAGAUGUCCAAUUCAGUUUUCUGGAAAAUUCUUUGACAUUAUUGAUUGUUUCCUGGGAAAAAAGAAACUAUAUUUAUACAAGUUAUUACAUUUAAUAGAACAGAGAACUAAACUGUUGAUUGUGUGAAA